GAAAGUGUAAAAAGAAAGGAAAUAUUUUCCCGCGAAAACCCCGAGAUUCUGGUGCCACGUUGACGAUCCUCGCGAGCCUUCCAUCAAUCAAUCAAAUUCGCUACCAAGCUUUUGCUAUAUAACCCCACUGCUCCCACUUCAUUCUCAAGCAGUCCUUCAAAAUUUGAAACUCCCGACUUUCACGUUUUCAAUUCUGAAAAGAAAAAGUUGGUUAGGGAUUUUGAGGAUGAGUUCCACAGGAGGAUCAGCGAAAGGAGGGAGAGGGAAGCCCAAGUCAUCGAAGGCGGUGUCGAGGUCUCACAAGGCUGGGCUUCAGUUUCCCGUGGGGAGGAUCGCCAGGUUCUUGAAAGCUGGCAAGUAUGCCGAACGUGUCGGUGCUGGAGCUCCCGUCUACCUCUCUGCCGUGCUUGAGUACCUCGCUGCUGAGGUACUAGAACUUGCUGGAAACGCAGCGAGAGACAACAAGAGGAAUCGAAUAGUUCCAAGGCACAUCCAAUUAGCAGUGAGGAAUGAUGAGGAGUUGAGCAAGCUUUUGGGUUCAGUUACUAUUGCAAAUGGAGGUGUUUUGCCUAACAUUCAUCAAACCCUUCUUCCCAAGAAAAUGGGAAAGGGUAAGAGUGACAUUGGCUCUGCUUCUCAGGAGUUUUAGGCCUUAGUUUUGAUUUUUUGUUUUUUAAUGCUUGUAUAAUAUAAGCAGGUUUUCUUGAUCUCCUUUUCUUAUAUUUUGAGCAAAUGUAGUUGCUUAUUGAUGUUAAUAUAAAUGUACUUUUUUUUUAAAAAAAAGUUCUUUCUCAUUGAUUUGAGGCUUCGUUUGUUGGAAAAUUUUUGUGACUGCAUGAGUUGUUUAGUGCAUCAGAAAACCCAGAUUUUUAAGCAAGAAUGAAACGAUAUUGGAUUUUGCAGAA